UGCUCCGCAGUGGAGCAGGACCGGGACAUCUUCUCGCCGAAGCCAUACUGGAAGGAGUUCAGGUUCGACCUGACCCAGGUGCCCACGGGCGAGUCGGUGACGGCCGCCGAGUUUCGCAUCUACAAGGCACGGGGGGUCGGCCGGCACGUCAACAACACCCUCCACGUCAGCAUCUACGAGAUCGCCACCGAGCACGCCAACAGGGAGUCUGACCUGUUCUUGCUGGAUGUCCAGGACCUGCGUGCUGGGACCGAGGGCUGGCUGGUGUUUGACGUCACGGCCGCCAGUAACCACUGGUUAGUGGAUCGGAAAUACAACCUGGGGCUGCGACUCUACGUGGAGACGGAUGAUGGGCACAGUGUGGACCCAGGCUCGGCGGGGCUGCUGGGGCGCCGGGGACCCCGCUCCAAGCAGCCCUUCAUGGUGACCUUUUUCCGGGCGAGCCCCGGCCCCGCGCGUGUGGCGCGAGCGGCCAAACCCCCGAGGAGGC